UCGAAAGGGAGGGACGGGAGGAAUUCUGACCCUUCUCCCGAUAAUUUACAACGUGAAACCGCGAAGCAAUUGAGGAAUCAGUGCACGGCACGUGGAUUAAAACGCUUCCUAGAAGCAGCUAGUACUGUACAUUGCCUCAACCCUCCCUGAACUUUCUCAGUAAAUACAGCAGCCUGACAGCCCGGCUUCCCCGCUGGGUGGAUCCUGCAACUCCAGGAGGGAAUGGCACUUCUUGUUUUUAAUUAGCAAAGGUGAAAGGUGAAUUAAAACUAGCUGUUUGGCAAGUCAGAGCAAGGGGCUGAGUUCUGAAGAGCACCAAGGAGGAGGGUGCUUUCUUCCUUUUUUUUUUUUUUUUUUUUUUUCCCCUCUCCCUCCUUCUCUGAAUGAAUUGCCUUGCAGGAGGGACUGAAAAUACAGCUUCUUCCUGAAUCCACUGGCAGAGUUACUAAAGAGAGCUCAAGACACAACACUGCAGAGUAACGCCUUGGAAUGUCCUCGCACUUUAUAAACAAUUGUCCUAGGGAGGGAAUAUUUUUACAUGACAUUUGCACAGCUUGACAAAUGGCUAGCUGUGGCUGUGUGCAUCUCUGAUGAACGUUGAAUUUCCCAUAGAGAUACCCCACAAACUGACCAAAGAGAGAGAUCUAACUGCACUGGGAAAGUAGAAGUGGAACUUGGAGCCUUAAAAAAACCCCACCAAAACAACAAACAAACAGCAGCAGUUAAGUGAAGAGCGCAAGAAUUUGAUCUUGGGCAGGAUGGCAUCUGCCCAGGACCUUUUAAUCCUGGCACUAUAUGGCUUGUUACUAGAGUUACCGACUGGAUGUCAUGCAACAGAUACGAGGCAGCCAAGGUUACGUCUGUCACAUAAAGAGCUCUGGGAUUUAAACAGGACGUCAGUCUUUCAUAGCCCAUUUGGAUAUCUUGGUCUUCAUAUAAUGCUGCUGGAUGAGUAUCAAGAGCGACUGUUCGUGGGAGGAAGAGACCUCUUAUACUCCCUCAGUUUGGAUCGAGUCAGCGACAACUACCGAGAGAUCCAUUGGCCUAGUACACCUCUGCAGGCAGAAGAAUGCGCAAUUAAAGGAAGAGAUGCUGAUGAAUGUGCAAAUUACAUCCGUGUCCUUCACCGAUACAACAGAACGCAUCUUCUGGCUUGUGGAACAGGAGCUUUUGAUCCGCUCUGUACUUUUAUUAGAGCUGGACAUCCAUCAGAGGAUCAUCUGUUUCAACUGGAAUCGCACAAAUUUGAGAGAGGACGAGGCAGGUGCCCUUUUGACCCCAGUUCUUCCUUCACCUCGAUCUUAAUUGGUGGUGAACUUUUUACUGGUCUCUACAGUGACUACUGGGGAAGAGAUGCUGCUCUCUUUCGCACCAUGAAUCGCAUGGCCCAUCUCCGAACUGAACCCGACAGUGAGCGCCUGUUGAAAGAACCAAAAUUCGUUGGCUCAUACAUGAUUCCUGACAAUGAAGACCACGAUGAUAACAAAGUAUAUUUCUUCUUUACUGAAAAAGCAUUAGAGGCAGAGACAAGCACUCAUGCCAUAUAUACCAGAGUGGGACGCGUAUGUGCGAAUGAUAUGGGAGGCCAGCGAAUGCUGGUGAAUAAAUGGAGCACUUUCCUCAAAACCAGGCUAGUUUGCUCUGUGCCUGGGAGAAACGGAAUUGAUACACAUUUUGAUGAAUUAGAGGAUGUCUUUUUGCUGCAAACUCGUGAUAACAAAAAUCCAGUGAUAUUUGGCCUCUUCAACACUACAAGCAAUAUAUUUAGAGGAUAUGCUAUAUGUGUUUACCACAUGGCAAGUGUCCGAGCAGCUUUCAAUGGACCAUAUGCUCAUAAAGAAGGACCUGAAUACCACUGGGCUUUGUACGAAGGGAAAGUACCUUAUCCUAGACCUGGUUCAUGUGCCAGCAAGGUGAAUGGCGGUCUGUACACUACCACUAAAGACUAUCCUGAUGAAGCUGUCCAUUUUGCCAGGAGUCAUCCACUGAUGUAUCAGCCCAUCAAGCCUGUUCAUAAGAGACCAAUACUCGUUAAAACAGAUGGAAAGUACAAUCUUAAGCAAAUAGCAGUGGACAGAGUGGAAGCUGAAGAUGGGCAAUAUGAUGUCUUGUUCAUUGGCACAGAUAACGGAAUUGUGCUGAAAGUCAUUACAAUUUACAAUCAAGAGACAGAAUCAAUGGAAGAAGUGAUUCUUGAAGAGCUGCAAGUAUUCAAGGUGUCAGUUCCUAUUAUUUCUAUGGAAAUCUCUUCAAAGAGGCAACAGCUCUACGUUGGAUCUGAGUCGGUCAUAGCACAAGUGAAGUUCCACCAGUGUGACAUGUAUGGCACUGCCUGUGCAGACUGCUGCCUCGCUCGAGAUCCGUACUGCGCUUGGGAUGGGAUCUCCUGCUCCCGAUACUAUCCCACAGGAAUGCAGGCAAAGAGACGUUUCCGCAGACAAGAUGUUCGACAUGGAAAUGCAGCGCAGCAGUGCUUUGGCCAGCAGUUCAUUGGUGAAGUCCUGGAGAAGACUGAGGAGCGACUUGUUUAUGGAAUAGAGUACAACAGCACCCUUCUGGAGUGCACCCCUCGGACCUUACAAGCAAAAGUAAUCUGGUUUGUCCAGCGAGCACAUGAAACUAAGAAGGAGGAGGUGAAGACAGAUGAUAGAAUAAUCAAAAUGGACCUUGGCCUCUUAUUCCUGAAGCUGCAUCGGUUGGAUGCAGGGACCUAUUUUUGUCAGACAGUGGAACACAGCAUUGUUCACACUGUCAGGAAAAUCACCCUGGAAAUAGUCGAGGAAGAACGCGUAGAUGAAAUGUUCAAUAAAGACUAUGAGGAGGAGAUACCUCACAAAAUGCCAUGCCCAAUGCAGAGCAGUAUACCUCAGGCAUCAAAGCCAUGGUACAAGGAGUUUCUUCAACUAAUAGGUUACAGCAACUUCCAGAGGGUGGAAGAAUACUGUGAAAAGGUGUGGUGUACAGAUAAGAAGAGAAAAAAGCUGAAAAUGUCUCCAUCCAAGUGGAAAUACGCCAACCCUCAGGAGAAGAAAGCAAGGAUCAGGCCGGAGCAUUACCGAUUGCCCAGGAACAUAGCUGACUCUUGAUGGACAAAAUCCAUCCAGGGUUUCUGGGCAAAAUUUUAUUUGGACUUAAGUAAGAGGGAGAAAUCAGUCUUGGGUUUGGUAAAUGACACAGGUUUAUAUAUAUAAAAUAUCGGGACUGAAAACAAAAAUGCUAUGGUAAGUUAUACUGUACACUCAUGAUGACUGGAAGCAUUUUAAACAAAAUCUUCUUAACUAUCUGAUUGUAAGUAGGUCAAUGCAAUCAGAGUUUUGCAUUAGGGAGGACGUGACAAUCUUCAGACUUUGAGUGCUUGAAUCAGUUUCCUGUGUGGACCAUGCUUGCGCUGUAUAUUGUUGUACAUGAUGGUAUAUUUAACAAAUUCAAAUAGCUAAGCAUUCACAAGUGGAUGAAAAAUAUAACACGUACCUUUUCUUUGUUUCACAAAUUUCUCAUGCUUCUGAAAGUGGCACAUCUUAAGAUCUUUCCUUUUGAUUGUGACCUGUCUGAGUUUAUCACUGAGAACAAAGAGUUGUGUUAAUACAGUGUACUGCUAUUUCUAAGGAUAAUGAAGGGAAAUGCUAUUUACUUCCCACCAUUUGUUGUCUUAUCAGUCAUUUAUGAAGCGCAGUGUGCUCUCACAGUUAAAUAAUAUUGCCUAGUAACUUGAUGUAAGUCAAAUGCAUGCUGAGAACACAAACAGAAUGAAAUUCUUCAACUUAUCUAUAUAAAAACUUGGAAUAAUGGUUUAGAUAGAAAGCGAGUCUAUCUUGUCUGUAGUAAUGGACAUUGCCUUAGUAAUGAGAUGAAUUAAGGGAGUGCCCUCUUGUGGCAAAAUAAAGCAAAAUCCGACACGAUCAUCUAUUUUCUGAAGAAAUGUGUAUAGCGAAGAAAUAUUACCCAGAUCCACAGCUGGUUUGUUUUCAGCACACCCUUCUAGUCUCCAUGUGCUAAAUCCACAGAUUUAGAAGGCAGUGUUGGAAGUCAUUUAUACUGGAAAGAAAACAUUUAAAGUAAUGCUUUAUGUUGUUAAUGUGCUUUUGAGGUAAAAUGCAGUCAUAAAAAGUUAAGAUGUAGAUUAAAAACAAGAACAGCAUUAUGCAGCUGUUUUUCUAUAGUUUCAGGGUCUGCUCCAGGUAAGUCUUUUCCUGAUAUGUGAUAACUGGUCAAAAGGGUGCUUUGCUGCUCUUGUGAGUGAUACCAGGAGGGGAGAUCAAAGAACGAAGUCACUUACAAUCUAGGUCUUUCAAGACUUACUUAAAAAAAAAAAAAAAAAAGAAAAAAUAUCUUUCUUUAAGUACAAGAAAACAGAUGCAGAAAAUGCAGAAAAACCAGCAUUUCACUACUUGAAAAAUCUGAUAUUACAAUAUGAAUUGAAUUUAUUUUUUUUUAAAUUGGAAAUUUAAAAAAAAAAAAAAAGAUAGGGAAGUUAUAAACACAAAUGAGUCACAAAUGAGUUAACUCCUUAAAUAAGAACAUGAUGCCAGUCGGGGAAAUAGCCAAGCUGAUACCGAUUUUGAUGCCACCAAGAAAAUAUAUAAGGGAUUCACCAGCCACAGAGGUUCAUGCUGAGCUUCAACUUCUAAUCAGGAAACAGAAUUUAGACUUAUUGGGAAUUAACAGCCUGGAUAACAGAGAUUUGCUAGGUUUGCUGUGUUAACAAAUGCAGCAAUCAAUGCUAACCCAGUGUUUUCCAAACAGGCUGUGUGUGAGAGAAGGCUCUUGCAGUUGCUGGCAGGACCAGUGAGCUUUGCUGUGCUCCUCUGGGGACAGAGACUGUCCCGCUGUUUGAAAGGAGCCCGUGGGCACACUGUCAGCAACCAGAGUAUGAGGAAAACAGGGUUUCACCUUGCGUAAGUAUAACAGCAGGUAAAUCUUUCCAUCAGCCAGUUGUGUCAGGGAAAUCAAUUUAUCUGAGGGUUUGCACUUCGUUUAGCUAGAAUGCCUGUCUAAGAGAUGGGACUGGACACUGUGCACAGCCUUGCAUGAAUUCAUGCAGUUGCUAACUUUGAUCUGAUACAGGAGACUGGGUAAAUUCACUUUUCUGUGACAGUUUAAUGGAACUUAGCUGCAGUUAGGAUCCUCUGUUUGUUUACAGUUAUAUGGAAAGUGCCAGCACUGAAGGCUGUGGCAGGGAGAACAUACACAGAACAAGCAUCGCUGAUUUAUACUUAAUCCCCUAUACAAUCCUCGCUGGCAUCCUUGAUGGAAAACUGUUAAGAUCUUAAAACACCACUGAAAUCCUUUUCUGAUGAAUUAUGGAGUCCACUUCUUUUCAACAGUAAUGGGAGUUAUAUUUUACUUUUUCUGAUUCAUUUGCUAGUAUCUAAUGCCAAAUGUACCAUUAAUGGACUAUUAGAAAGGAAUAACAGCAUCUCAGCCUGAUAGAGCAAAUAUAACUUUGUAUCAUUCUCUGAGAUUUCAGGUGGAAAUCAUGUGAUAUGCAAAUCAGGAUUCCUGAUUUAAUAUGAGAGUGUGUAUUUUUAGCUCCCCAUCCCUUUAGUGGUUACAUGUGGAGAAUUGCAUUAAAUUUUUAUUUACCUUUUAAAAUUUAAAUUUCUAGCUCACACCUUGCUACUUUCAUGGUUGCAAUGCCUGUGAGAAUUCAGAACUACAAGGUCUUGUUCAAAGAGUGCUAUGACAUCUAUGGAAGUAGAGAAAGAGUGACAAUGUAUUUUGGAAGGAUACGCACAAAUGUGCUCGUACACAGACAAUGUUAUUUAAAAUGCUUCUUUGUAUAUUUGGGGGGCAUUGUCUGCUUCUUUUCAUUAUGAGUUUGAUGUAUUUUGUAUGUGCAUGAAGUGGUCAAGUUACAAAUAUAAUUAAGAACCAUAUUUGGCUGAAA